AGUGUACAAGUUAAAGACGGUCAAUCUCUUCUGAUAGCCUUCUCCAACACAUUAAAACAGACAUAAAAGGUCAACUCCAGUCUGACUCUCUUCACUGUCUUGUCUUUUUUUUUUUGGGUUUCCUUUGGUAUAUUGUAAAAUGGAGGAGCAAAUAUUAACUUCUUCUUCCUCCUCUUCGGCUGUUGAUGCGGGUACCACUCAGCACGAUCCAUCGGGCCCGGGUGGUUCAGGUGGAGCUCGGUACAAGCUUGUGGCUCCAGCUAAGCUACCGAUCUCAAGGUCGGCUUGUAUUACGAUCCCUCCUGGGCUUAGUCCUUCUUCUUUCUUGGAGUCUCCUGUUCUGCUUUCAGAUGUUAAGGCGGAGCCUUCACCGACUACCGGUUCUCUCUUUAAGCCUCAAGCGGUACAUGCCUCUGUUGCUUAUAGUACAUAUUCAGUGACUGCUGCGUGUUCUAAUGCUUUUGAUGAAAGAAAUUCAAGCUCCUUUGAGUUUAGACCCCAUCCUCGAUCAAACAUGGCUCCUGCAGAUUUAGACUGUUGGAGAAGUGAGCAAUCUCGGCCGAUCCAAAUUCAAUACCAGCCUAUAUUGUUCAAUUCAUCUGCUUCAGUUAAGAGUGAGAUGGUAGCCUCAAAUGAAUUGAGCCUUUCAGUACCUGUUAAUAUUGCUACUUCCAUGGCUAGUACUCCUGCUGAAGUUGACGGAGAUGAAUUAAACCAGUUAGGUAAUCCGAAUAGUGGGGUGCCACCAGGGCAGUCUAAUCAUAGAGUAGUUGGCCAUGCGUCAUCCGAUGAUGGAUACAACUGGAGGAAGUAUGGACAGAAACAUGUGAAAGGAUGCGAAUUUCCUCGCAGUUAUUACAAAUGUACACAUCCUAAUUGCGAAGUAAAAAAGCUAUUCGAGCAAUCUCAUGAUGGACAGAUUACUGAGAUAAUAUACAAAGGUACACAUGAUCACCCUAAACCUCAGCCUGGCCGCCGAUAUUCUUCUGGUAAUAUCAUGUCCGGCCAAGAAGAAAGAUCUGACAAGGUCUCAUCUUUGAAUGAUAGAGAUGACAAGCCAUCCUGUGGUUUUGGCCAGAUAGCUCAUAGUAUUGAGCCAAAUAGUACUACAGAUCUAUCUCCUGUCACAGCUAACGAUGAUAAUUUAGAUGAGGUUGAAGACGAUGAUCCAUUCUCGAAACGGAGGAAGAUGGACAGUGGGAUUGAUAUCACUCCUGUGGUGAAGCCAAUCCGGGAACCACGCAUUGUUGUUCAGACUGUGAGUGAAGUUGAUAUACUGGAUGAUGGGUAUCGGUGGCGCAAAUAUGGGCAAAAAGUAGUGAGAGGAAAUCCUAAUCCUAGGAGUUAUUAUAAGUGCACGAAUGCCGGUUGCCCUGUUAGAAAACACGUUGAGAGGGCAUCUCAUGAUCCAAAAGCUGUUAUAACCACUUACGAGGGAAAACACAAUCACGAUGUGCCUACCGCAAAGACCAGUAGUCAUGAUACAGCAGGACCAUCAAGGAUUAGAUCAGAAGAAAAUGGUGCCAUUAGCCUUGAUCUUGGUGUUGGGAUUAAUUCCGUUCCUGAACAUACUUCGAAUGAGCAUCAACGAUUGCAUUCCGAACUGUCCCAAUACCGCCAUCAGAAUGGUUUCAACACGGUUCAACCCACUCCUCUGGCAACAUACUAUGGCGGCAUGAAUCAGUAUGGAUCUCGAGAAAAUCCGAGUGAAGGCCGCGGUGUUGAAAUUGCACCCCUAAACCAUUCUUAUGCAUUGCCACAGAGCAUGGGAAGAAUACUAACAGGUCCAUAAAUCUGUUAACAAUGAGGGUGA